AACUCGGGCUCCAGCGGUGAUACGGCGACAAAGCUAGAUGCGGAGAUGAAGACCGACUUGGAGAAGCUCGAGACACAGACCAAGGCCAAUCAGGCAGCGGUGAUAGAUGCUCUGCUCAAUGCCGUGUACGAUGUCAAGCCUCAGCUGCACGCUAACUUCAAGCAAGGCCAGCGCGCCUAA